GUUUGGUUUAUCAACUAGAAAUAUUUAUCUGCAUAUGACUGCAGCUGGAAUCACUAAGUUUUCACAGAGAUUACAACUAAUUAGGCCACAUAAAGUGCACCAAAUUAAACGCAUGAUGAGUAGGUGGAAGGAAAAUAUUGAUGAGAGAGGUGAAACACGAAGAAACUCGAAGGAGGAGUGGUGGGUGCCACAUCCUCGAACAGGAAUAUAUUUUCCAACAGGGCAAGAAAGAGUGAUGAAUGAUAUACCAAAUGGUGCAGCCUCUCUUCCCCAAAAUUAUUGGUCAAGGGGUGAAGAUGGUGUUGAAAAACCCGACCCGGAUUCUCCCAUUGCCUAUAAACAUUACUACUAGUUCUUAACUACUUAUUAGAUGAUAAAAUAAAAGACUUGGGAUCUUCCAAAAAUAACU